AUGACCGCCCACACACUUACACACUGCAGCCAGGUGCUGCGGAAGCAGCAGCAGCAGCAGCAGCAGCAGCAGCAGCACCUGCUGCUGCAGCUGAACCUGCCCAGGCGAAUCGAUACACUGGACUGCAGCAGCAACAGCAGCAGCAAAGCUGAACCUGCCCAGGCGAAUCGAUACACUGGACUGCAGCAGCAACAGCAGCAGCAACAGCAGCAGCAACCGCAGCAGCAGCAACAAGAUCAGAAGCGUCAACAGCAGCAGCAGCAGCAGCAGCAACAGCAGCAGCAGCAGCAGCAGGCGCUGCUCCGCCGUCUCACCUCAUGGGUCGGCCCCCGUCUCUUUCACUUAACCAGAGAGACGGUAUCCAAGUGCCCCUACUUGCUGCAGCAGCUGCAGCAGCAGGAGCAGCAGCUGCAGCACCAGCUGCAGCAGCAGCAGCAGCAGCAGCAGCAACAGCAGCAGCAACAGCAGCAGCAGCAGCAAGAGGAGGAGGGGCUGGGUGCAGCAGCAGGGGGGCCCCCCAGCAGCGUGUGGGGGGAGAGGCUGCUGCGGCGGGAGUUUCGUUUGCUGCUGCUGCAGUGGCCCGAGAGAUGCAUGCGCUGCAGCUGCUUGUUUGACCCUAUGCUGUAUAGACGCAGCAGCAGCAGCAGCAGCAGCAGCAACAGCAGCAGCAGCAGCAACAGCAGCAGCAAAGAGGAGCUGCCUAUACACCCCGAUGAGGAUACAGAACUCGCUGCUGCUGCACCCGCCUGCUACUUCCAUCCUGGCUUUCUAUGCAGCAGCAGCAGCAGCAGGAGUUGCUGCUGCUGCAGCAGCAACAGCAGCAGCAACAGCAGCAGCUGCUGCUGCAGCUGCAGCAGCAGCACGCAACUCACAUACAGCUGCUGCGGCGCGGAGGAGGGCAGCCUCGGCUGUGUGGCGACGCAGCACAUCAGCAGCAAAAGCAAAGCAUGGCAGCAGCAGCAGCAGCAGCAGCAGCAGCAGCAGCGGCAGCAGCAGCAGAAGCAGCAGCAGCAGCUAGAUAUAUCGGAGCACAGCUGCUGCUGGGCCCCACAGAAGGAACGAGGGGAGGCUAGCGGAGGCGGCUGGGCAGCAGCAGCAGCAGCAGCAACAGCAGCAGCAGCAGCAGCAACAGCAACAGCAACAGCAACAGCAGCAGCAGCUGCUGCUGCUGCUGCAGCAAAACCAGAAACACAGAAGAGUAUAAAAGCAAAAGCUGCUGCUUCACAAGAGGAGACAGCAGCAGAUGUGGCUGGUGCUGAUGCUGCUGCUGGCGGGCUAGCGAAGCAGCAGCAGCAGCAGCAGCAGCAGCAGCAGCGGAGGCGACGGCAGCUGGAGCCGCAGCAGAAGCAAGAGCAUUUGGAACAGCAGCAGCAGCAGCUGCAGCAGCAGCAGCAGCAGAAACAGCAACAGAAGCAAGAACAGCAGGAACAGCAGCAGCAGCAGCAGCAGCAACAGCAACAGCACCAUCAACAGAAGCAGCAGAAGCAGCAGCAUCAACAGAAGCAUCAAAAGCAUCAGCAGCAACAGCAGCAACAGCGUCAGCAGCAGCAGCAGCAGCAGCAGCAGCAGCAGCAGCAGCAGCAAGAAAAGAAAAAAGAGGAGACUGGUUUGUUGCUCUCCUCUUCUUCUUUUUUCUCGUCUUCUUUUGGGGCUCAGCUAAUAGGCUGCCCCGCGGUGGGGGCCCCCCCCCCGGUCUGUGGUGGGGGCCCCCUGUACCCUAGCGCGCUUGCUCUUCCUGCUGCUGCUGCUGCUGCAGGUGCUGCUGCUGCUGCUGCUGGGGGUGAUGCAGCAGGGCCUGCUGCUGCUUACGGAGGCAAAGCAGAAGACGAGGAGGAAUAUCAACAGCAGCAGCAGCAGCAGCAGCAGCAGCAGCAGCAGCAGCAGCAGGAGUGCGUUGCUGCUGCUGCUGCAUUGGCUGCAGGGCCUGCUGCUGCUUACGGAGGCAAAGCAGAAGACGAGGAGGAAUAUCAGCAGCAGCAGCAGCAGCAGCAGCAGCAGCAGCAGCAGGAGUGCGUUGCUGCUGCUGCUGCAUUGGCGGUGCAGCAGCAGUAUUCAGGAGAGCAGCAGCAAGACCUAGUAGGUUACCCUGGGGGAGGGGGGCCCCCAGAGGGGCCCCCAGAGGGGGGGGCCCCCGAGGGGGCCCCCCAUGAGGGGGCCCCCCCUGAGGGGCCCCUGGAUGGGUGGUGCUGCGAGGGGCCCCCUGCGGUGUGGAGCUGCGACUACCUGCAGCAGCUGCAGCAGCAGCAGCAGCAGCAGCAGCAGCUGCUGAUGAUGAUGAUGAUGUAUUGCCCCUUCUGUCCGUACACUGCAGGCAGCUGGGGGGGCCUCUUACCUUCUCUUUCUGCUGCUGCAACCCCCCCCUCUCUCUCCUCUUCGGGGGCCCCCCCUUGUCUCUCACCGGGGGCCCCCCCCUGUCUCUCGCCGGGGGCCCCCUGUCUCUCUCCUGGGGGCCCCCCUCUAUCCCCGGGGGCCCCCGGCUUGUUCAGCAGCCACAUCAGCGCAGCAUCAUCACCACACAGCAGCCACCACACACACGAUGAACACCCUGGGGGGCCCCCAGGGGGCCCCCCAGGGGGGCCCCUAGGGGACGGGCCCCUGGAGGGUACAGAGGAUGGGGGGCCCCCAGGGGGGCUCACAGGGGGGCCCCCAGAGGGGCCCUUGCAUGGGGGGUUUGUUGAGGGGCCCCCUGGGGUUGACGUGGGUUUGAUGGGGGCCCCUAUAGGGGCCCCUCUAGGGGCCCCCUUUGGGGGCCCCCUGGGGGCCCCCCCUUGCUGCGUUGGAGGCAGUGCAGAUAUAGAAGAUAUGAGGAGGCCCCCUAAACUGUACCCUAACAGGAACGGGGGGGGGCCCCAGGGAGGGGGGGGGGCCCCCAGCGAGCUGCCUUGCUGCAGGAAGGGGCGGUGGCUGCAGCCGAAAGGAGAAGCAGCAGCAGCAACAGCAGCAGCAGCAGCAGCAGCAGAAGAGGGAGGGGGACCAGAUAAUAAGGAAAGGGAGGAGACAGCUGAUAGCCAGAAGGGGCGCAGCGAGGAGACAGAGCAGCAGCAGCAGCAGCAGCAGCAGCAGCAGCAGCAGCAGCAGCAGGAGCACCAACUUCAGUGUUUGCAGAAACAGCACCAAGGCCAGAAGCUGUUGCGGGAUCAUCCGGAGCAGCAGCAGCAGCAGCAGCAGCAACAGCAGCAGCAGCAGCAACAGCAGCAGCAGCUGCAGCUGCAGCAGCAGCAGGGGCGCUCACGCACAAGGCUAAGUGUUCUGUUGUCAGAAGAUGAUGAUGAUGAAGAAGACGAGGAGCAGCAAGAAGCAGCAGCAGCAGCAGCAGCAGCAGGGCGCCUGCCCGCAGCAAGAGAUUUGCCGCUGCUGCUGCAGCAGCAGCAGCAGCAGCACGAAGCAGUAGCUCGACAGCUGGAGCUGUCAGAGGCCGAGACAGCCAAGUACGCCCAGCAGCUGGCUAGCCUUCGGAAGGAGUGCCGUCAGCUGCGUUCGCGCCUCUCGAGUCAGCAGCUGCAGCUGCAGCAGCAGCAGCAGCAGCAGCAGCAGCAGCAACAGGACGCCGGCGUUAGCCCAGAGCUCUGCAGCAACCUCGAGAGAACCGUCAAGCAGGCGGAGUUCGUCAACGUCGAGUGGGAACACACAAAAGGAUCCCCCACAUUCCAGGCCCUGCUGGCCCACCCCCUGGCACGAACUCUGCCAGCUGAGCUUCAGCGGUGGUUGCUGAGUUCUAUCUCAUCACCAGAGGGUACAGUUGAGUCCCUAGGGGCCCCCGGGGCCCCUCUAGGGGGCCCCCAAGGGGCCCCUGGGGGCCCCCCAGACACCAGCCAACAGGCUAUGUCUGCAUGCGUCGAGACAGCACAGAAGCUAGUGAGAUGCGCGGGGGCCCUAGCUGUUGCAAUGGGGGGUUUAGGUGAUGGAGGGGGGGGCCCCCAGGGGCCCCCGGGGCCCCCUUGGGGCCCCUCUUCUGUAGGAAAUUCAACUGUAGUGACACCGCGAGGUACUGAAGAGGGUACUGGUACUGGUGAGGGGCCCCCUGGUGGGUUGGAUGCUGCUGAGGCGGAGAGGAGACUGAGACAAGAAACAGCUAAGAGGCUGCAGCUGCAGCACCAAGCAGCAGCACUACAGAGAAGAGCUGGCAACGAGGAGAUAGAAGGACUGAAAGCUCAGCUUGGAAGGGUUACAGAACAACUCGAUACUGUCAGACACCUCUACAAGGACUUGCUGGCUAACUACGAAAAGAGACAAAACAACAAACAGCAGGAUGCAUCAGAAGAACUAACAGAAGAGAAUAAAGAUCUUCUCCUUCAACUCCGUUCAUGGCAGGCUUCACAUGCUGCUGUUUCCCGCGCUUUGCAAGACGCCUUGGGGGAGCUUGCGGAUCUUCGGGGGGACGCAGCUAGAGUGCAUGCGCUCGAAAAAGAACUGGAAACCGUCAAGAAAGAAAGCGGAAGACUGGAAGAAAUCCGCGAAAUUCAGAGCCUCUCAGAAGUGGAAUUAAUAAAAGCUCAUUCAGAAAGAGAUGAAAUGGAGAAAGAACUACGAGAAACAAAAAUGGCUGUAGAGAAAUAUGCACGCGUCUUGAAACGAGUUCAGACAGACUGCGACGCCACCGUCAGCCGGCUGCGCAACGAGUUGGCCACAACGCAGAAUGAAAUGCAAGCGAUGAAAAGUGACAUUGAGGCGGCAAGUGUAUUUCACAUUUUCUCCGUGGUAGCUUGCGGUAACGAAACACUCAAGGCACAAAUUCAAGACCUAGAGAAACGACUGGCAGAGGCAGAGCAACAGCGAGAGGAUGCAACUGCAACAGCAAAAAAAUAUGAAGAAGACAACAAAACUAUCUCGUGA